UUUUUAAAUGGAGAACUCGAUCAAUCCGGCGAAGCCAAUCCAGAGAGUCCUCCUUGUGAUCGCAAUGCACGCCGAGGCGAUGCCGAUCGUGGAUGUGCUCAAGCUCACGCAGGCCGAUUCGGCAAUUUUUCCAAAGGGCGUGCCGUGGAUCCGAUACACUGGGAGCCUGGAGGGACUAUUCGACAUUGAUGUGGUAGUGCCUGGGAAAUGCCCCAUUUUUGGAGUAGACAACGUAGGAACUGUACCAUUAGCUCUUGCGACAUUCGCGGCGAUCCAGGCUCUACAACCCGACCUGGUGAUCAAUGCUGGGACUGCCGGAGGAUUCAAGGCAAAAGGAGCUUGCGUUGGAGACGUUUUUCUCGCGACUCAAGUAGCCUAUCACGAUCGAAGAAUCCCCAUCCCGAUCUUCGAUACGUAUGGCAUUGCCACCACAAAGUGUACCCCAGUCCCAAACAUGAUCGCUGCUCUUGGUUUCAAGGAAGGCAACCUCUCGACUGGAAACUCUUUAGACAUGACCCAGCAAGACGAGCAGCUAAUCAAAUCGAACGACGCCUCCAUCAAAGACAUGGAGGGAGCAGCAGUCGUGUACGUGACAAAUCUCCUGUCAGUUCCAGCGAUUCUUCUCAAGUCAGUCACUGACAUCGUCGACGGCGUGCGGCCCACAACUGAAGAAUUCUUAGAAAAUCUCUCCACUGCGGCAGUGGCACUGCUCAAAACCGUCGUCAUGGCACUGAAAUUCGUCCAUGGCAAGACCGUCACCGAGUUAUAAGAACGCAAAAACACACCAAUGGACAUUAAACCGCUUCAAAUACUUACAGGAAGUCCUACGUACCUCUUCUCGCGAACAAUAUCAAAGAAUACUUAUUCCCAUCAA